AUGGGUAGAGAUCACCUUCUCCAAGCAAUCAAUCGUAAUCGAAAGCUGGCACAACACGCAAACCCUAGGGUUCUAUACUCUGCGCCAGCAGAAAUGGCAGAUGGCUAUUGGAGUAGACAACGAGAGCAGCAGCAGCAGCAACAACAACAGCACGAACAACAGCAGCUAUAUUCUUCAGCUUCACUGCUUAAACGACCUCGUUCUGAUUAUGAUCUCCCACCUGCUGGAUUACCAUUCUCUUAUGAAAUGCCUAAUAAUUAUUUGCCACAAAAUGAUGAUCUUGGAGGGGCCCACAGUCAUGCUGUAAAGGACACAAAGACAAUUGGAUCUGCAUAUGAUCACUACCUCCAAACUGCAAAGCUUUCAUCGGGGGAAGGUAGUGGCUAUGGUGUUGUGUCAGGGGUAGGAAGGGAAAUUGGUGGUGGAAUGCAUUCUUUUCCUUUAUCGGAUCCGAUUUCAAUGACCCGUGGUGGGCCCAUGGGCCUUGAUCAUGGACCAAAUGGUCGAGCCCUUCAAAUGGAUCAUCAUAAUCAUCAUCAUCAUUCGCCUGUUGAUAUGAAUAUGAUGGGUAGAGGUGUACGUGAAACUUUGCCUCUUCCUGCUAAUGCAUCAAGUACCCUUUACAUUGAGGGACUCCCACCAAAUUGCACAAAGAGAGAAGUGGCUCAUAUUUUUCGUCCUUUUGUUGGGUAUAAAGAAGUGCGACUUGUAAGCAAGGAAUCAAAACAUCAACGAAAUGGAGAUCCCGUUAUUAUUAGUUUUGUGGAUUUUAGUACUCCUGCUUGUGCAGCAACUGCAAUGAGUGCUUUACAAGGUUAUAAGAUGGAUGAACAUGAUCCUGAUUCUGCAUAUCUGAGGCUGCAGUUCUCCAAGUAUCCAGGUCCAAGGUCGGACCCACGCGCCGGGGUGGGAGGCGAUGAGCUGGCAUGCAGGGGAUUUUUUUUUAAUUAUUAUUAUUAUUUUUAAUUUACUCGUGUAAUGGUCUGGUGUUUUAUUAUUUUGUAUUGUUAAGUCUUUCUAAUAAUUCAUUCGUCCUCCAUACAACAACUAAAUAUAGUAACUAGAAAAUACAACACUUUAGAUUAUUUAAUGAAAAUUUGGGAUUUAGAUUGUUGAUUC